GCUCUUUUUGCCGAGAAUGAGUAACAUUGUGCUCAACACACUUCGUUUCAAACACCCGAAGCUUGCAUUGCUCCAAUCCUGCUCUUCCUUCUCCGACCUCAAGAUCAUCCAUGGCUUUCUCUUACGAACCCAUCUCAUCUCCGACGUCUUUGUUGCCAGUCGUCUCCUCGCUCUCGCUCUCUGCGUUGACGACUCCACCUUCCACAAACCCACCAAUCUCUUGGGAUAUGCAUACGGAAUCUUCUCUCAGAUUCAAAACCCUAAUCUUUUCGUCUUCAACGUACUCAUUCGCUGCUUCUCCACUGGCGCAGAACCUAGUAAGGCUUUUGGGUUCUAUACCCAGAUGUUGAAAUCUCGAAUUUGGCCAGAUAACAUCACGUUUCCGUUUCUGAUUAAGGCGUCUACUGAGAUGGAGUGUGUGGUGGUGGGAGAGCAAACGCAUUCACAGAUUGUUAGAUUCGGAUUUCAGAAUGAUGUUUAUGUAGAGAAUUCUCUUGUUCAUAUGUACGCUAAUUGUGGGUUGAUCGCUGCUGCUGGUAGAAUCUUUGGGCAAAUGCCGUUUCGAGAUGUGGUUUCAUGGACUUCUAUGGUGGCUGGGUAUUGCAAAUGCGGGAUGGUUGAGGAUGCACGAGAGAUGUUCGAUGAAAUGCCUCACAGAAAUUUGUUUACUUGGAGUAUCAUGAUCAAUGGGUAUGCGAAGAACAACUGUUUUGAGAAAGCCAUUGACUUGUUCGAACUCAUGAAAAGGGAAGGAGUUGUUGCGAAUGAGACGGUUAUGGUGAGUGUGAUUUCGUCUUGUGCUCAUUUGGGUGCGCUUGAGUUUGGAGAAAGAGCACAUGAGUAUGUGGUUAAGAGUCACAUGACUGUGAAUCUUAUUCUUGGGACAGCUCUUGUGGAUAUGUAUUGGAGGUGUGGGGAAAUCGAGAAAGCAAUUCGCGUGUUUGAGGAGUUGCCUGACAAGGAUAGCUUGAGCUGGAGUUCGAUAAUCAAAGGUCUUGCGGUGCAUGGGCAUGCUCACAAGGCAAUUCAUUACUUCUCCCAAAUGGUUAGAUUAGGGUUUAGCCCAAGGGAUAUUACACUCACAGCGGUUCUUUCAGCUUGCAGCCACGGUGGGUUAGUUGAUAAAGGUUUAGAAAUAUAUGAGAACAUGAAAAGGGAUUAUGGGAUCGAGCCUAGACUCGAGCAUUAUGGUUGCAUUGUUGACAUGCUUGGCCGUGCUGGGAAAUUGGCCGAAGCUGAAAACUUUAUCCUUAAAAUGCCGGUGAAGCCAAAUGCUCCUAUAUUGGGAGCAUUGCUUGGAGCAUGUAAGAUUUAUAAGAACACCGAGGUCGCAGAGAGAGUAGGAAACAUGUUGAUAGAGGUGAAACCAGAACAUAGCGGUUACUAUGUCUUGCUCUCUAAUAUAUACGCCUGUGCAGGACAAUGGGAGAAACUCGAGAGCUUGAGAGACAUUAUGAAGGAGAAGCUUGUUAAAAAACCACCAGGGUGGAGCUUAAUAGAGAUUGAUGGGAAAAUAAACAAGUUCUCCAUGGGAGAUGAUCAGAAGCAUCCUGAAAUGGGUAAGAUCAAAAGGUUGUGGGAAGAGAUCUUGGGGAAGAUAAGAUUGAUAGGGUAUAAAGGAAACACAGGUGAUGCGUUUUUCGAUGUAGACGAAGAAGAGAAGGAGACUGCGAUUCAUAUGCAUAGCGAGAAACUUGCAAUUGCAUAUGGUAUGAUGAAGACUAAGACUGGUACAACCAUUAGGAUAGUGAAGAACUUAAGGGUAUGUGAGGAUUGUCACACUGCAACAAAGCUUAUCUCUGAGGUUUAUGGUAGAGAGUUUAUUGUAAGAGACCGCAACAGGUUUCAUCAUUUUAGAAAUGGAUUAUGUUCCUGCAGAGAUUAUUGGUGACAGUCUUUGUUUUAGUAGUUCUUGUAGCGUUUUUUUUUUUUUUU